UUUAACUGUUCGUAGAAGAGAUUAAUUCGUACCUGUCAAGCGUAAGCUGAAAAAGGCUUCACAUUUCGAUCUCUGUUUCAGUUACAUUCUUGCCAAUGGCUGUAGAUUCAUUGGGUUCAACGGACACCUCCAAUGGAUCUCGAACACUCACUAGCCUUGAGCAUCUUGUUCGCUAUCGAACUGAUCGAUAGGUAGGAUGAAUCGUCAACAAAGCUGGACUCAAAUCGACCUUGGCUGAAACUCCCAUACAUGGGAUGGCCCGCUAUGAACCCCAAUGUGGGUCUGGCAAUAAGCAGCAGCAGCUUCAGCCAGUGGAUGUGGUCUUCAACUUAAAUCGAAAUGGCGCCAUGAGAAACUCCUUGUCAGCAGAACAACAAGGUGCAUUCUUCAGCGCAAACGAUCUGGUUCAAGGCCAGACCUUCAUCAGCGCUGCAAUCCGCGAGAGUGCCAGACCAAUCAUAAAAAACUCAGUAGCAGUUUGAGAAACUUCCUUUAGAUGACCAAACCAGGCCAUACUUUCAUCCAUCCCCAUAAACGCCCAAAUGUUGGUCAGGUCAUCGUCAGCUGCCAUUGCAGGAUAGCCAAACUCAACGAAGCUUUCAGUGAAUUACAGGCAUAUUAUGAUCUAACUAUGAUUGACAUCUAAAAUCCAGUACAUCUGUGAAUCAAAUCCAUCCAAAUAGAACACCAACCGAUAUGACAAUCUCAAAAUCUGUGACGCCAGCACAUGGGCUACACCGGAAGAUUCCAUCCCGGGGUACAAAUGCAAACAUCGAAUGCAGAAUCAGUAAACUUAGAAGCUAAACUUAAUGCUAUCAAGGGUCAACUGAUCUUUUCGAGCAGCUUGCUUUCCAGAGGAUUGAUGUUUGUAUAAAUGGGAAACCCUAGCAGAAAAUCGGCAGAAUCAAGGUUACACGGUAAGAACCUGCAGGAAUCGGGAAGACUUCGAGAACAGGGUACGCUGGGGUUGGGAUGAACCCGGCGAGGUGUUUGGGCCCGGCUGUUGUGAGGGGAGGCCAUUUGUGGCAUGGGCACUGGAUAUUUUGGGCUGGGCCGGGUAUUGCGUGUGUGGGCUUUUCUAUUUACACGAGGAUCAUUCCCAAGGAAAAGCUUUAUGGGUAGAGAGAAGCUUGAAAACGAUCAACAACAACAAUGGCUUGUCAUUAGAGGGCACAAUCUACUAUGAAUAAGGUUUUAAGCAUAAUCUCAUUGUUCUUGGUGUCAUACAAGUGUUUAAAUUUGAAGAUGAUGAUGACAAGGCUUGUAAAAGUGAUGGAGUGCCUCACUAAAAAAUUUAAUAUGUUACUUUUACUAUUAACAAUUGAAAUUAUACAUCGACUAAGCGACAACGUUAAAUUUUUUUAUCGAUUUUAACUGUUACGAGUAAAUUGUGAUCGAAGAGAAUUCGUGGGAAAUAGUAUUGGACUCAAUAAACCUAGAAGACGCACCUGAAUUUAAAGACACAAAAUAAUGUUUGAUGAAUGUCAAUGAAUGUGUCCCUACCAAGGUUGUCAACCCGCGGGUUGACCCGGACCCGGUUGAGCUAGUGGGUUAAGGGUUAAUGGGUCACCCGUUUUAGCCCGAUUUAGCCCGGAAAUAUGAAAAGCGUCACUAUAUUGUACUUAUCCUGAUAAAUUAUAUCAAAUCUCAUCUAACAUAUGAGUUAUAACAUAUAAUAUUACACCAAAAUAACAUGUCGUACUUAGAUUCAACAUAUAGUGAAAAUUCACACACACUUAUAUAAUAUUAAUAUUCAAAUGUUCAACUUAGGAUUCCAAAGAUUAAGUUAGACGAAAAGAAAAAUCGGAAAAUAGGCGCAUUUCGCAAAACAAAGAAAAAAAUGACACAAUUUGACCUCCAACACGAUACCUUGUAGCGGUCGACCCGGUGGGUGAGUGCGGCCCGUUUUUCUCACCGGGUCGGGGUCAAAGUGGGUCGACCCGCGGGUUGACAACCUUGGUCCCUACCAUUCUAGAUAUUUGUAAGAAUUGUUUGCUUUAAACAUGGGAUAAUUUAAAAAAAUAUAUAUAUAGAUGGAAGAAUCACAUAUCUUAAAUUCUUGUACCAGAAGAGUUGACUGAAACUGAUACUUUUCAAUUAGUAUAUAUAUCACAUUCACAUGGGCAGAAACUCAUAAAUUAAGCCUAAAACA